AUGCCGCCACGCAAGGAACCCAAGGAGGUCGUGGUAUAUCCAGCCUCCAAGCGCAAAGCACCGCCAUUCAAGCCUCUGCGACCGAACAAAACGACAGAUUCAUCAAAACCAAAGGUCGCCCCAAAGCCAACACGAGCAAAGCCAAGUGCCGGAAAAGUCGUUCCUCCACGCGAAAGCAUCGUCGUGUCCGAAAGCGACGAUGAAAAUGACGAUCUCAAGAGCCUUACGGCAGGCGACGACCAAGACGAAGAAGAAGCAGAUGACGCUUCGAUGGGGGAAGAUCUCGAGGAUGAUCCUCUGACCAUGAAACCCACCACACAGCGUGCACCAGUACAACGCGAUCUAUCUCCAAUGGCGAUCUCAGAUGACGAGGCGCCCGAAGCCCUCGCUGCAAGUUCUGCUGCAGAUGGUAUCAUGUCGCCACUGCGAAGUGCCGAUGGAUCAUCUCAUCUGGUCAUACCACAACCGCUCCUCAUCCGCCUCCUACAUGAAGCCUUUGAGGAUAAAUCUACACAGAUUGACAAACACGCGGUGCAAGUCCUACAGAAAUACAUCGAGGUGUUUGUCCGAGAGACGAUUGAAAGGGCACGGCUCGAGAAGCGCGAGGCGGCUGCUGCGAGCGGCGACGAUCUCGAUGAGGAGGACAAAAAUUGGCUAGACUUGGAAGAUCUCGAGAAGGUGGCGCCCGCGAUGCUGUGCGAGUUCUGA